UAAAUGGUUAUCUUUCCUUUCAGCUGGCCCAUGUUCCUCAUGCCAUUGUGGCAAUUCUAGAAGCUCAAUCCAGAACGGACACUGAAUCAGACGAUGUUGCCCAGGCAGAAGAGGUGGCAGAGAUUUCAUCCCAAGACACAGUUUCACACCGUCUUGCCCAAGAAAAAUCAGCCAAGCGGCAGCUUCUAGAGGAGCAGAAAGAAAAAAGUGUGCAGAAGGUGGAUGAGGAAACUGAGCUGGAUCUCCCUGUUAUUCUACUAGAUGAAGAGGAAGAGAUGGUGAUGAAAAGUCAGGGGAAAGAGUCUCCUCGAGAAGCUGAGAGUGCCCCUGCCAACACCACACGUUCUCCACCCCCUGAGGAGCCGAUGGAAGAAGGACUAGACCAAAGAGAAGAUUAGAUCACCCCCCCGUUGUCACAUUGUAGUUUCUGACAAAUAAAAUGUGUCUCUUGUCCGGGGCCAACACGAUUUUUAAAGUGGA